CAAUUUUCUCAAAAUAACGAUAUGUAUCCAUCAUCAUCAUCAUCAUCAUCAUCAAUGACAACGACAACAACAAUAUAUUCAUCGAUAUCACCAACUAAUGAACCAUUAUUAAUGGUCAACAAUACGAAUAAAAUGGAUAAUAAUCAAUUUAAUACAAUGACCAAUAUGGCCAAUAUCAAUGAUGGUUGUAUGAUUAAUGUCAAUUCUAUUAGACGAAUUAAACCAUCACCGAAGACGACAAAAGAAAAUCGUAUUCAUAGUGGUCAUUUUAUGGUAUCUGAAAUUGAUGAAAAUGAAGAUAAUGAAACCAAAAUUGAAAAUGAUGAUCAUGAUGUAUCAACAACCAACAACAACAACAACAACAACAACAGCAACAACAACAAUGCUAACAACGACAUUAAUCAAGCGCAGCAACAACAAUCAUACCCAUCAUCUAUAUCAAUGUCAUUAAUGGAACAAAAAUUAGUGACAAAAACAAAAACAUAUCGUAUAAGAAAAUCAACAACAACAACAAGAAUAGUAUGU